UGCGUGUGGGCGGACGUUUCCAAAAUGGCGUCGGCACUCGAGAAUUAUGUGAAUACGGUUCAGACUCUAUCUUCACAAGGUAAUUUUACACAGCUAUGUGAGUUCAUCAGUAAAAGUGCAGACAUUCUGGCCAAGAAUGCAGCCCACCUGGAUACUGUUUUAGCUACCCUGGAUGUGCAGCAGCAUUCUCUUGGAAUGCUGGGAAUUCUAUGUGUCAAAUACAAUCUUCCCAAUAUCCCUGACUUUGAGGCCCUUUAUGGACUGACUCAAGAAUUCAUCACAACUUGCAAUGGAGAGCAAGUCCGAUAUGCCACUGACAGUUUUGCGGACCUAUGUCACAAGUUUACACACAAGCUAGUAGAGAAGAAAGAGCCUAUUCGAGGAAUCAAGGUGUUGACAACAGCCAUUCAGAAGAUUCAGUUGUUUCCAGAACAGCUGACAUCAAUUCAUGCUGACCUCUGUCAGCUGUGUUUACUGUCAAAGAACAUGAAGCCAGCCCUUCCCUUCCUCCAGCACGACAUCACAGACAUCAGCAGAGAGGGCGGUCAGUUUGACGCACGGGACUUCCUGCUGUAUUACUACUAUGGAGGGAUGAUCUACACGGCGCUGAAGAACUACAAUAGGGCUCUCUACUGCUUUGAAGUUGCUGUGACGACUCCCAGCAUGGCUGUCAGCCAUAUCAUGAUGGAAUCCUACAAGAAGUUUAUUUUGGUUGCGCUUAUUGUACAUGGGAAGAUCCCUAACCUCCCAAAGUACACGUCCCAGGUGGUAGCAAGGUACAUAAAGCCUCUUUGUCAAGCAUAUCAUGAUCUCGCCCAUUCUUACGCUACAAACAAUCCUGAUGAACUUCGCACGACUGUCACCAAGCACACAGAGACCUUCACAAGGGACAACAACAUAGGCCUGGUGAAGCAGUGCAUCACAUCACUGUACAAGAAGAAUAUUCAAAGAUUAACUAAGACUUUCCAGACGCUUUCACUGACUGACAUGGCCAACAGAGUCCACCUGUCUGGAGCCAAGGAGGCCGAGAAAUAUGUCCUUCACAUGAUAGAGGAUGGUGAGAUCUAUGCAACCAUCAACCAGAAGGACGGGAUGGUCCGGUUCCAGGACAGCCCUGAGAAGUACAACAACGCAACCAUGCUUCUCCAGGUGGACCAGGAGAUGCAGAAAUGUAUAGAGCUUGAUGAAAAGUUGAAGACAAUGGAUAGAGAAAUCACAGUCAACCCACAAUAUGUUCAAAAGAGUUCUGGUAGCCACGAUGAUGAUAUUCCCGGUUCCUCCACCAGCAAAGGUCAAGGCUAUUGAUGUUGUCAUUGCUGCCUGUUGGUCUUUUUAAAGUGCUACAGUUGUUAGGCCAAAGACUUAUUUAUGUACAUUUGUAUUCCUUUGAGUUCAUGAAGCGAAGAUUCAGGGAAUAAUAGUAUUUUCAUAAAUAAUGUACUGCAAGGCUGAAACCUAAAUAAGUUUGUCUUUUCAAUUGACUAACACUCUUGAGGUGUUAGGAACUAAUUGCGAUUAAAAAAUAGUAUAUUUCUUAAAUACACUUUAAUACAAGUUGUCCAUUCUUGCAGUAUCUGACCAUUUGAAGAAUGUUUCUCUCUGCAUUGUUUUUACCAUAAGAUGACAGUUCAGUGUAAUAUUGUUUGGAGGCUCUUACGUGUAUUCCCAGUAUAUUCUUUACAUCUUGUGUAGAAGUUUCAAUACUUUCCUCAGAAAAUUCACUGCAUAGCAGAUAAUGAGUGACUUGUGUCUCAAAAUAUUUCAUGAACAAACUAUCACAUGCAAACAUGCUUAUAUGGUAAUUUGUUGCAAAAUUUGUAUGCCUUUUUCAUAACAUGCAAAUAAAAGAUUAACAGAA